AUGCCGCAAACGCGCUUCUUAUUUGCUGACUUCGACGAUCUACACUCAGCUGUGCGUGAACACCUCCGGCUUCAACCCGCUGUAUUCGGCACUGACGACCCGAUCUGUCCAUCUCCGGUCGAUUUUGCCAAGUUGGCCAUACUCCUUUCAGGCCGAGAUGCGGUCGUGGCAUGUCAACGAGGCGUUUUCCGCGAGUCAGAUGAUGUUGACGAGCGCUUAGUUUCUGCAGCUGGAUGGAGCACAAGAAGGAAGCGGCAGACGCUUGAGGAAAUGCUGAAGCGCAACCUAGCAGAAGCUGUGCUUGCGUUGGGGAAACUGAGGAAAUCGACGGUGAAGAUUCUGGAAGCGUAUAUUGCUGCGAAUUGGCGGGUCCAGCUUUUUUGUUUGCGGCGCAGCAAUAUGGAGACCGUGAAUAGGCUCCGAGCUGGUUUCUCAUCCAGAUUUCACAAUGUUUACCUGGACCGACUGAUGAAGGGGUUUCUUCGACCCGCAUCGGUCGCUUCUGCAGAGUCACCAAACCAAGAGGAUGCACAACAGAGCUCUCAAGCGAUGCCACCUGCGGAUAAUUUCGAGCGCUUCGUUAUUAUGGAUCUGGACAACAUCUCCGAUACGCUAUCCAACAGCACGUCGCUCUACCGGGAAGUCCCCCAAGCUUCGUCAUCGCGAGAAUUGCGAAUAGAUUUCCGGAAACUGACGCUCCGGGUCUGUGGCGGUGAUCUUUUGAAGGUGAAGCGCCAAAUGGCGGUGUAUCACAGUUCGCACCCCCUAUUAGUGCAAGCCUUGAUGAGUCUGCAAUUUCUUGCUCAACUCAUAUCAGCAGACACCGACACUCCCAAGACACUUGUUCUCGUGAUGGGUGAUAAUGGCUUGGAUACCAGUGGAAAGGCGGCGUACACGGGCAUGCUCGAGGUGCUGCUAGCACAGCAGUGGCAAAUUGAGGUGCACGCCUGGGUCGAUUCAUUGGGCGACGUUUUCUCGGAGCUGUUGAAAAAAUACCCGGAUGGCGUGCAAGUGAAGCCGUUGGACGAGGCAUUGCAAAGCUUGAGACAGAUUCCUCGCGACGAUCCUGGAAGCAAUGGAAAUAGUUUGGAGGCAAUUUCAACAAACCAAGCUGCUGAUGUCGAGCUGUCGAGCCUCCAGCAGCAAAUCCAGGAACUUGCGCGAGCUGUCACCGAUCUUCGUAGUGUGAGUAGUCCCCAGACUGCAACGCAACUCGUUGAGCUUGAACAACGGUUGAACCAGCAAGAACAGGAGUUUGCCCGGCGACUAUGUGAGCAGCAAGACACAUUCUCCAUGCAAUGCGAACAACUUGCUCAACAAGCACACAACGCUCGACAAUACCACCGGAUCGUGCUCCAGCAACGGGAGGAGAUGCUAACAUGUCCGAUCACACACUGCUUGUUCGAAUCCCCUGUCAUCGCUGCUUGUUGUGGAAAGACUUUCUCCAAAGCCGCAGUCGACAUAUUGCAGACAUGCCUAUGGUGUCGCGAAGCAAGGGGUUUCGUUACUCAUCCUAAUCGGGACAUAGCCAACCUCGUCGAGCAGUAUAGAAUGGAGUUUAACGCCCUUGAGUUGGCAUAA